GCCCCGCGGAAUGGCGCCGCCGUUGCCGUGGCGACGCGGUGCGACAUGGCGGCAGGCGGGCCGCGGCCGGGCCUGUGGGAACGGCUGUACGCAGGUGGGCCCGCCCGGCGUCGCGGGGCUGAGCGGCUUUCCCACGGCCCCGCUCCCGCAGGGCAGGGGCACGAACUUCCCUUUCGGCCGUCGAUGUGAUUGUGCCGUGCUGCCGUGGGGCGGAAGCGCGGUGUAGGCACAGGGCAGCAGUUGCGGCGCUGCUCGGCUGUGGGGCGGUGAGCUGCCGCGGGGAGCUCGGAGCGGUGUCAGCGCUCGAGUACGAAGCAGAACAGCAUUCAUUUCCAGACAUCCCUGAAUCAGCGCAGAAAUCUGUGAGUUUGGAAGCAGGAAUGUUGCAGCCAUUAUGUAUAGAACAAUUUUACCCAUCCCCUGCAGCCGAUGCAGUUGUCCAACAGUUGCUUCCCAUACCCGAGGCACCCCCCCUUCCAGAAGCACCAGAUCCAAAAACAUGUUCUCCUCAAGAAUAUUUAGAGUACUACAUAUUUCCAGUACUCCUACCCGGAAUGACUGAACUUCUGCAUCAAGCAAAGAAGGAAAAGUGCUUUGAGAGAGAAAGGACCAAAUUUAUUGCCUGUGAUUUCCUAACGGAGUGGUUAUACAACCACAACCCAAGGAGGAAAGAUGAGUCAUUCACAGAGUUCUUUUCCAUCCCUUUUGUUCACGACUGGCUAAAAGACCAUCCCAGGCAACCAUUGCCUCUGUCUUUCCUCCUAUCAGAAGAAGAAGCAAGCAUAAUAAUUCAGGCAUUCUGGAGAGGUUAUCGGGUCCGCUGUGAUAGGGAAGUACAAGAGCUGCGUCAGUGGCAAAAGCAGUUGAGAGAUGAAAAAACUAUUUUUCAAAGAGUAGAAGAAUUCUGGGCUAAGCAGGAAGCCAAAGCUACUUACCUGGAAGAGCUGCAGCAAUCAGCUCCUGCUGAAGAUGCGCUGGUUGCCUUCAUUCUGGAGUUUUCUCUCAGUCCAGGAUCUUCCUCCUUGACUGGGUGUGUUUCUGUGGCUGCCUCUCCUUGGUUGAUGGCUGGGCAGGCAUAGGCAAUGCAGCCCCCAGAUCAGGAAUUCUGCAUGCUUUGUGCUCUCCCAGACUCAGGUGUUCGUCUCAGCUGCUCGUGCAGUUUAAUAGAUGUCAGUCGGUGCUUUCCUCUUUGUAAACUUGAAUUGUAAAAAUGCCAUCCAGAUAUUUGGAAUUGAAUGCUUUAACUUUUGGUCAAAAUAUUAGUUUUAAAUACUGUUAGAGAUCUUCUGGUCCUUUUUCUCAUCUCCAUUGCUGCCUGUUGCUAGCUGGGGGUCUCAUGCUUCCCUAGUCUGAACCUAAGUGGAUAAACAAAUUCCCUGAAGUAGUUUGUUCUCCAGGCAUUGAAUACAGCCAGUGUGCCUGUGUAUGCCUGGCACUUCAGGGAGGCCCUGGGCCACAGCGAAGCCCUGGGCCCGGAGCCGGGGCUGCUCAGGCACCACCUGCCCCUCUGCUGCCAUGUGUGGAGCUACAGCCAAUGUCCUUGAGGCAACACUAAGUGAUUCACAGCCUCUGUGGGUGCUUUGGAGAAUUAGGUUUGUCCUGUCUCUGUUCUAUGUCCCUCUUACAAAAGUAUCGCUACGUGAUUGAUCUGGGAGUUGCAUUUCAGAUUCGUGAGAAGCGGGCAUGUCUUUGGGCACAGUGUUCCAGUUAUGUUUUGCUUCUUUUUGUUAUUGUUGUUUUUUUUCUUUUUUAAUAAAUCUUUUUUUCACUUCCCUAUUACGAGUGACCGAACAUUUCCUGAAGUGAAAGGUUUCGCUCACAGUUGCCUGCAUGUUGACUUCCAAUAGUAAGAGGCUAAAAUUAUACACAUUUUUCAUAAAGAGCUGUCUCUUUGAAACUCAGGUCUUAUUUCAGAAAGAUUGCUGGCAGCUCCAGUUUCACGUUCAGGCUUCUUUGGCAUUUCACUGGGAGGCGAGGGUGAAACUGCUUUCUAUAUAUAUAUUUUUUACUAUAAGCCCUUGCUAAUAAGUUAUUCCAAUAUAUUUUCCUUAAUGGAUUUUCAUCUUCUUAUUGUUUGAGUCUUUUUUCAUUACUGUUCUCAACCAUUUAAAUUACUAAAUGUAAUUCUCAUCGUUCUUAUGAUUUAAACAAAGAGUGUGGGUGUAUAAACCUUUCAUAAGCUUCUGUCACAAACCAGUUGUAUUUUACAGUAGUAUGUCAUAAAGUAGGUCAUAGGCUGUUCAAUGUUAAGUGGAAACAACCAAAUUUUACAGAAUACCGGUUUAUUUGUGCAUUAAGAUGAGGGAAAAUAGCCUGUUAUCUAAAAUAGAUGGUAAGGAUGUUUGUACUGAAUGUAUACGUGAAAAGGACGAAGUCCUAGGCAGGCAAUCCUUAGCUGUGUGGUUGGAGUUGAAUUACUGAAUAUUCCAGUCCCAGGAGUUGACUGAAACUGUAAACCUGAAUGCAUUCAAACUCUGUGCUUCUUUUAGCCAUUGUCUGUGCCUUCAAUAUUGCAACAUAUGUAUCAUAAUCUAUGUAGAACAAGCUGCAUUUCCAAGGCAUAUGGCAGACAAACAAAUUAUUGUAGUGAGAGCUGCAAGUCAAAAAUAUGGCCGAAUUAACAGCUUUGCUCAGAAACCCUCACCUUACUUGCAAGGAAAUUAAGUGCAGUCUCCGCUGGUGUUAAUUGUUGUAGCAUCCUGGGAUUUAGGACAUGCAUGUGGCUGCAGUUUGAAAUAGGAAUUGUUAAAAUCAGUAAUGUGAGUGCACUGGUGAUAACAACCUUAACUACGUAUGUCGUAGAAAACAUACGACCUGUACAGAUAGAAACCAUAUAUCAGAAAUAGGUGAGAUGCCCUAUUCUAUUUGUCAGUUUUAAAUAAUGAGCAUUACCAGUAAAUCUUGAAGAAAUUAUGAGACUCUUCUAAAUACCACUAUAAGAUGUGGGGGUGAUUAUUUGUCACAGAUUGGACAUUUGGACUGUUCAUUUCACAUCCUGAAAAGUGAUUGCAGAAAAGCACCUGAAAAGUUCUCUCCUUUUCCUUGUUUGAGUUUUUGUUUUUUAUAAACUUACACUGCCAUAAUGCCUAAGAGCCUCAGCUGCUCUGUGCCUUAGGUCUUGAAGCAGGCACUGAUGUUUUAGAACAAGAUAAAAUACUGUGAUGAUACCUUAUGUUUCACUUCUAUUUAAAUCUCACAUUCCACUUCCUACGAAUGCAUAAUUCGUGAUUAGGCAUUCCCUAUAGAAUUUUUCAUGCAUUCUGUUACAUCAACAAUUUGAGAGUUAAGGGGUUUGUCCUUUUUCUGGGAGCUGAGUCCAGCCUCCUGUCAAAAUGGUUCUCUUGUGCUGCCCAGACUGGCAGCAGUGUGUGCUCGCAAUCGCCCCAGCCUACCUGGCAUCCUUAGGCAGCUCGUUCUGCCCGGUUAUGUCCAUAUGCCUUUCCCCAGCAUGUAGGAAAUCUCUCUAAGGAAAAAGGGAUGGCUGAUGAUGCAGAAUCGCAUUUGUGCAACGGUGGUAAUCUGCUAGCAUAAGGAGGGCGAGGGAUAAAAUGGGAGCAGUGCUGUUCAGCUUUAACAUUUUUAAAGCAAUUGAAAAUGGAAAUGGGUCUUUCUCUUGCUCCUGUUGAAUGAAUGGCAGGACUCACAAUACUUAAGUGGUCAAAAUUCAGCAUAUAGGUAUCAGUGGUGGUAAGCCAGUUCUUCAUAUCAGCAUUUAUGCUAUUCACUGUUUUUAGACAGGUGUUGCCUGAAAAAAUGUGUUGGAUUAUCAGCUCAUGUAAAUUGAUCUAAACUUCGUGGGAGCUAUGCUAACCUACCAACAAAUCAUCUUUCUUAGGCCUUUAAAAAUAUUAAAGCAAGUUAGUUCAGCUUGAGGUGUCACAGCCUGAAGAAUGUUUCUAAUGGAAAUUUCUAGUGAAAAGACUUAGGCAGGCAGACUUUGUUCCCCAUCCUCCCAGCCUAUCUGAAUCCUAAGGACAUCUUACUUUUCUGUCAGCAUAGGACGCAAGUACAUGUCAAAAGCUAUUUAAAUAACUCUCUGAAAUCCAGAUUCAUGGUGACAACCAGUGCUUCCUAUUUAGUGUGAUGUGAUUCAAAAUUGUUAUGCUUAAGUAGCACAGGUUAUGAUAAGACAUGGAACCUCCGAACUAAAACCUAGAAGCUACCUGGCUUGUCCUAAUGUUGGACAGCUUGUGUGAGCCCUGGGCUUUUGGAACUUGUUGCAUUUAUUGUGAAAUUUUUACAAAGGACAGCCUAAUUACAUCAAGGAAUAUCAAAUAAUCAGAUAUCUGGCCACCAUGGUCUUAUUUGGGAUUUCCUAGGCAUAGUCUGUGACUUCAUCUUUGCGUCUUUAUGUUUUCUACUAGCAAAGAUCUUCCAUGUUGGCAGCAUUUUGAGCACCUUAAAUUAGCCCAUCAGAGUGCUGCAGCCCAAUUUGUAUUGUGGGUAUGUACCAAAGGGGGUUUUGUUUGCUGGUUUACAGCUUCAUACCUCAGAAAGGUAACUAAGCACUCCUGAAACUGUAUGUGAGAGUCAGGAUUUUUUUGGCUUGCAUGUAAACUCUGGCUUCAACGUAACUAUUUAUGAAUCUUCCCAACAAAUGUGCUUGAUGUGAAAAGUGUACAGUUUAGACAAUCCAUCUUGUAAGUAAAUCUUUAUAAUUUAAAAUUUGUAAUUUAAUAUAUUUGUAAAAUAUUAAAAUAUUAAGAAUAAAAUGUGCCAGCUGGAAUCAUAGUAUACUGAGAAACCAAACUCUUCUAUCAAGAGAAGAAAAACAUUAUGUUAAUCUGUAUUACAGCAUUCUGAAAGAAUACAGAGCUUUGAAAACAGCUUUCAUUAGGAGUUGGGACAUUUUACUUUUAUGUAGAGCUUUUGUUCAUUUAGAACUGUUUACUCCAGCAAGCAACCUUGUGCUCUUUGUUUGACUCAUUUUUCCCAUUUGGCAGACCCUUUGCAAUCACAUGGAUAACAUUCUUCUUUCUAGCGAGACAUAGAAAAACUAUUCAUUACUGACCUUGCUUGUUGUUCUUAAUGACAAAAAUAUAUUUAUGCACUAGGUGAAUUGUAUGACUCAUCACUGACUUUUAAUUGAAAAUUCUUCACAGCAAGGAACUCAAAGAGCUGCUUUCAUUUUUAAGAACCCGGUGACUUCUUACUGGCACCCUCUGCCCUCAGCUACGCAUGCCCUAUUCCCACAGGCAGCACUGAGAACUGUGUGCAAGUAUCUGAGUGCAGAAGCUUUGUUAGAAAAAAAAAUGCCAUAGACAGAAAAAAAAUACACCUUUUUGGCUGGAUGGGGGAUUUUUGUUUUUGUGUUGAGCAGAAGAGCAUCUGCUGUGGAAGUAUGGAUGUUUUGGAAAGCUGAGUAUUUAAUAUUUUAUUAAAGUGGGAAGCAAACGGGAAGCCUCGGAACAUACACAAAAUGAUUCAGCAUUUCAAUUAUGGUUUUCUCAGCAAGCUCACGGAACACAGAGCUCAUGAGCUAACUUGUGUAGUACUGAUUUGAAAGGUUAGCAUGAUAGUUUUACUUUGACGUGUGAGUUGUUAUAAAUCAAAGGGAGGUGACAUCUGGAGCCAAGGUGAAUUUCUGUCCCAAUGUAAGUGACCACAGUUUUGUUCAAGCAGAUGGGAUUAGCAAAUUUAGCUAAAACGUUUGUGUCCACAUUUGUAUUCCCGAAUGGUUACAUAAAGAGCUCUUCUGAUAGGCAAAAAACUAUGGAUAAAAUAAAUUGUGUCUUCAGUUAGCAUAAACUGGAGUUCUGACUUCUGCAGGGCUGCAACAAUUUGUGCAAAUUCAUGCUCUGUUCAUAAUAGUCUCAUUUUCAGAAACACUGUGAAGGCAAGGAAAGCUAGGGCUGCUCUGCAUUUCUGCAGGGGAAAAGUCAGGACCUUUUGUUACUACUUAACAUAUGUGCUAAGAAAGUGUAAAAUUCAGAUCACAGUAACAGCAUUUUCAGUGAUUUCACAUAUGUGUACUUACUUAGAAAAUAAGCAAGCAGAAUAAAAAUCACAUUGGGUUCUCUUGCAAAUGACCCCAUGGUUUCUUAAAUUCAGCUUGGCCAAGCAUAGCCCCACUUAGGCCUUUGUAAUGUCACAGUUAGAGAUCUUUGUAAUUCUCUUGCUUUUUCCAUAUAAGUCCAACAAUGGUCUAGUUGACUGGAGGGUAGUCAUGGUAAAACGUGGAUACCACCUAGCUCUGUUGUGAUCCAACAUAGAUUUCUUCCAUGACUUAUACAAGCUUUGUGCUCAGGGACAUUAUUUAGUGGAGGGUUGUUAGAGUUAGGGUAGUAUAGUUAGGUUGUGGUUGGACUUGAUGAUAUUGAAGGUCUUUUCCAACCUGAGCAAUUCUAUGCUUCUAUGAUUCACUGUUAUACCAGAACCCACCCCUCAUUUUUUUUUCUCCUUUUGGAUGCUGAUGCUUUUCACCAGAUCAGGAAAACCUGAAGGGAAAACUGGUAAGACACCAGCUGUGUGGUCCUGUCCCCUCCUUUUCACAGGCAUUAGCAAUUGAGCCAGAUCAGGAAACUGCCGAGCCAACUGGAAGAAUAAAAAUUAGCGGUAGUGUUAAGAAUUUGUCUGCACAGCUCCUUGAGUGGCUCACAGUGGGUUUGGGGGGUGCCGGAGCCAGGAGCAAGUGUGGAAAUGUGACCAAAGGUGGAGGAGCCAGUGUCCUUCAGUUCAACUUAGCUCAUAUUGCAGAAUCGCACCCACAGUGUCACUGCAGGAUAAAGCUGUCUGUAACACCAGAAGUUUGCUUCUGCAGAAAAAUUCUAUGUAGAUUUUAACACUAAGUUAACACAGACAUUGUAAGUAAAUAGUAAAGCCUUUAUUCUCGUUAAGAACAGCAUUUUGAAAAUAAAACAUUUGCCCAUGCUUUACAACCUUUGUAGUUUUGUAUACGUAUGUACAGACAUCAUGGUACGCAUUGAUUGUCUUGAAAAUCCUUUAAGAUGUACUUAAUAAGAUACCAGUGUAUGCAACAACCAGCGGAAAAAAAGGUAUGUUAUAAAACACACAUUAAUACAUUUAAUAAAUAUAUAUUAUCUAUCAAAAAUGAGCGUUAGCUCUCAUCAAUUAAUAAAAAGCACCUGCUUUGUAAUCCUCCAAGUUGGUAGAGUAGUCCAAUUGUUUUAUUAUAAAAGCUACAAUGCUCCCUUUUGCACUGCCUUUGGUGAGGCCCAACGCAUCAAGCUCCAAA